AUGGGGAAAUCGGAAUCGGCGAAAGAAUGCAAGCGGCACCAAAAUCACAACCAGUUGCCCGGAAUCUGCCCAUCCUGUCUCCGGGAAAGGCUUCAACAAUUACAGCAAUCAUCAAUUUCUUAUGCCGAUUCUCGUUCAACCUCUUCCUCUUCUUUUCUUAAGUCCUCGGAAUCUUUCUUCUCCGGCAACACCUCAUGGCGGCGCCGACAUACUAGGAACGCCUCCGAGCUGUUUACUGGGUCGAUGGCGGCGGAUUUGUUUGGAGACAAGGUGAAGAAGAGCAGCUCUAUUCGGAUCUCUGCCGAUGGCGGCGGCGGAAAGAAGAAAGUUGGGUUUUGGUCCAGGUUUUUGGUCCGCCCCAAAGCUCUGUAUUUUCAUUCCCACCCCAAAGUUUCUUCUAGGGAAAUUUUGGGUUGA